AUGUCCAAUCUUCGCAUCCUCCUCAUUGGCAACGGUGGCCGUGAGCACGCGCUCGCUUGGAAACUCAGCCAGUCCCCGCAUGUCGAGACCAUCUUUGCUGUUCCUGGCAACGGUGGUACUGCUGCGUGCCCCAAGGUUUCCAAUGUGACUUCUGUCCCUCCAGACGACUUUGACGCUCUUGUCAAGUUCGCCCAGUCUAAUGGCAUCAACCUUGCUGUACCCGGUCCCGAAGCCCCUCUGGUCGACGGUGUUGAGGGCUUCUUUCGCGCCGCGGGCAUUCCCUGCUUCGGUCCCUCCAAGGAAGCUGCUCGACUCGAGGGUAGCAAGACUUACUCGAAAGAUUUUAUGAAAAAAUACAAUGUUCCUACUGCUGCCUAUGAGAAUUUCUCCGACUUCGAAAAGGCAAUCUCGUACAUUGAUAAUAUCAACCACGAUGUCGUUAUUAAGGCCACUGGUCUUGCUGCUGGUAAGGGUGUCAUUAUUCCUCAGACCAAGGACGAGGCCAAAGCAGCUUUGAAACAGAUCAUGGUCGAUAAAGAGUUUGGCUCCGCUGGUAGCGAGGUUGUAAUAGAGGAGCUUCUUCUCGGUGAUGAGCUCAGCGUGCUCACUUUCUGCGACGGUUACUCUAUCCGUUCGCUGCCUCUCGCACAAGACCACAAGCGUAUUUUCGACGGCGACCAGGGCCCCAACACUGGUGGCAUGGGCUGCUAUGCUCCUACCAACAUUGCCACCAAAGAGCUCGUUGAGCGUAUAGAUAAGGAAAUUCUCAAGCCUACGAUCUUAGGCAUGCGCAGAGAGAAACAGCCCUUCCGCGGUGUCCUCUUCACUGGUCUGAUGAUUACUGCGACUGGGCCCAAGGUGCUCGAGUACAACGUUCGAUUCGGCGACCCUGAGACUCAGACUGUUCUUCCUCUUCUAUCUGCCGAGACGGAUCUUGCCGAAAUCAUGCUUGCGUGUACGGGCGGAUACCUGGACAACUGCAACAUCACCAUUUUGAACAAGUUUAGCGCCACCAUCGUGCUCGCUUCUGGAGGCUAUCCUGGAUCUUAUGCCAAGGGCACUCCCAUGACCGUCACCGAACCUCCUACUGGCAGCACAAUCUUCCACGCUGGCACAAAGCUCGAUGGUCAGCAGCUCCAAACCUCUGGCGGUCGUGUCAUCGCUAUAAACUCGGUCGGAGAUACUCUUCGCAGUGCUGUUAACGCCGCCUACGCGGCUUUGGCAGCUAACGUCAUCCAGUUUGAGAAGAUGUUCUUCCGCAAAGAUAUUGCACAUCGUGCUUUUCGUGCGCCUAAUAAGGAAUCUAUGACCUAUGCGCAGGCUGGUGUUGACAUCCAGGCUGGCAACGACUUCGUCGAAAAGAUCAAGAAGGCGGUUGCCAGUACUAAGCGCCCUGGCGCUGAUGCUGAAAUUGGUGGAUUCGGCGGCGAAGUUGACCUGUCUGCUGCAGGUUAUCCCAACGCCCCUGUGCUUGUUGGCGCCAUUGACGGUGUUGGUACCAAGCUGAUGAUUGCUCAGAAUAUGAAGAAGCACGACACUGUCGGUAUUGAUCUGGUCGCCAUGAACGUCAACGAUCUCAUCGUUCAAGGUGCUACCCCCCUCAUGUUCUUGGAUUACUACGGCUGUAGCAAGCUGGAUCUUGCUUCGGCUGCUGCUUUCGUUGAGGGUGUCGCCGACGGCUGCAGACAGGCUGGCUGUGCGCUGGUUGGUGGAGAGACUGCCGAGAUGCCCGGCAUGUACCAGGGCGAAGAUUACGAUGCUGCCGGAUGUGCUGUCGGCGCCGUCACUGAUGAUGCGCGACUUCCCAAGCAGGCGGACAUGGUGGAGGGAGAUAUUCUUCUGGGUCUCGGUUCAAAUGGUGUUCACUCUAAUGGCUUCUCCCUCGUGCGCCGUAUCGUCCAGAGCGCUGGUCUCAGCUACACUGAUGUCGCUCCCUGGGAUCGGGGCCAAAGUGUUGGUGAGUCGCUGCUGACACCAACCCGCAUCUACGUCAAGACUCUGCUGCCCACUCUCAAAGACAUCAAGGGCCUGGCUCACAUUACCGGUGGUGGUCUCACCGAGAACGUCCCUCGCAUGCUCCCCGAAUCGCUCACUGCUGAGAUCAACUUUGGCUCGUGGCAAAUACCUGCAGUUUUUCAAUGGCUCAAGGCUGCUGGCAACGUCACCCCCGAGGAGAUGUGUCGUACCUUCAAUAGCGGCAUCGGUAUGGUGAUUGCUGUGGAUGCUAGCAAGGCUUCUGUAGUGUCCUCUGCUCUUGGCGCUGCUAACGAACCCGUGUAUACACUUGGUCACUUGGUCAAGCGCAAAGAGGGCCAAGCUGGCUGUAUUAUCCAUAACUUGGAGCGUUGGCAAUAA